CACAAUGAUGCUAUUCAGUGUGUUGCCUACAACCCAGUCACUCACCAGCUUGCCUCUUGUUCAUCUGGUGACUUUGGCCUGUGGUCUCCUGAACAAAAAUCUGUAAGCAAACAUAAAGUCAACAGCAAAAUAACAUGUUGUGGGUGGACAAACGAUGGCCAGUACCUUGCACUUGGCAUGAUGAAUGGGGUGGUGAGCAUCCGGAACAAGAAUGGAGAGGAGAAGGUCAAAAUAGAGCGCCCAGGAGGCUCUUCCUCUCCUAUUUGGUCCAUAGCUUGGAAUCCCUCCAAGGAUGAACACAAUGACAUUCUGGCAGUGGCAGACUGGGGUCAAAAGCUCUCCUUCUACCAGCUUAGUGGAAAGCAGAUUGGAAGAGAUAGAACUCUAAACUAUGACCCGUGUUGCAUCAGCUACUUCUCCAAAGGAGAGUAUAUAGUGAUGGGAGGAUCUGACAGACAGGCGUCCCUCUACACUAAAGACGGAGUGCGAUUAGGAUCCAUCGGAGAGCAAAGUAACUGGGUGUGGACAUGCCGAGUUAAACCAGACUCCAACUAUGUGGUGGUGGGCUGCGAGGAUGGGACCAUCAGCUGCUACCAACUAAACUUCAGCACAGUUCAUGGCCUCUACAAGGAUCGUUAUGCCUACAGGGACAGCAUGACCGAUGUCAUUGUCCAGCACCUCAUCACCGAGCAAAAAGUGAGGCUCAAGUGUCGUGAACUGGUGAAGAAAAUCGCCAUCUACAGAAACCGGCUUGCGGUCCAGCUUCCUGAGAAGAUCCACAUCUAUGUGCUAAAGUCAGAAGACCCCACUGCCAUGCACUAUCACAUCAAAGAAAAAAUCAGCAGGAAGUUUGAAUGCAACCUGCUGGUGGUCUGUUCCCAACAUAUCAUUCUGUGUCAGGAGUUUGUCGGGGCUACGGACCCUAAGAGCUCGCGCUUGCUAAUGGCAAAACAGGCAGAUUGGGCCAAAAGCAGCAAGGAGCCACGAGCAGCAGCUGAGAUGUACCUGUCAGCAGGAGAACACAUGAAAGCUAUAGACAUCAUUGGAGAGCAUGGCUGGGCAGACUUGCUGAUCGACAUCGCCCGUAAGCUAGACAAGGCAGAGCGCGAACCGCUGGCGAAGUGUGCAUACCACUUCAAGAGACUGAAACACCAUGGCUACGCCUCAGAGACUUAUUCCAAGAUGGGAGACCUGAAGGCUUUGGUGGAGCUGCAUGUGGAAACCCAACACUGGGAAGAGGCCUUCUCGCUGGUGGAAAAGCACCCUCAGUUCAAAAGUGACGUCUUUGUGCCUUACGCCCAGUGGCUGGCUGAAAACGAUCGCUUUGAGGAGGCGCAGAAAGCAUUUCAUAAGGCUGGAUGUCAGGAUGAAGCUGUGAAAGUCCUGGAGCAGCUUACCCACAAUGCAGUGGUGGAGAACAGGUUCAAUGAUGCUGGGUACUAUUACUGGAUGCUGUCUAUGCAGUGUUUGGACAUUGCCAGAGAAAGUGAAGAUAAAAGGGAUGAAAUGCUGAAGAAGUUUGAGCGUUUUCAACGUCUUGCGGAGCUUUACUACGUCUAUCGCUCCAUUCAGCGCUACACGGAUGAGCCCUUCAGUUCCCAUAUGCCAGAGACGCUCUUCAACAUAUGCAGAUUUUUACUGAACAACCUUACCAAGGACAUACCACCAGGCAUUUCUAAAGUUAACACCUUGUAUGCGCUGGCCAAGCAGAGUCGAAAACUGGGCGCAUAUAAGCUUGCCAGGUAUUCCUACGAGAAGCUGCAGGAGCUGCACUUCCCUUCACGCUUACUGGAGUCCAUCGAACUGGGCAGCCUCACCAUUCGCUCCAAGCCCUUCCAUGACAGUGAGGAUCUUAUUGAAGGCAUGAUGUGCUACCGUUGCUCCACCAACAACCCCUUUCUGAACAGCCAGGGGAGUGUGUGCAUCAACUGCAGGCAGCCUUUUAUCUACUCAGCUUCAACAUACGAGGUGCUGCCCCUGGUGCAGUUUUACCUGGAGGAGGGAAUCAGCGAUGAAGAAGCUCUGUCACUCAUUGACCUGGAGGUUCCUCACUCAGAUCAGAAGAAUGCUCCGGGGCACGUCGUAGACAACGGUGAGCCACAAUCUUUGAAGCUAGAAGAUGAUUUGGAUAAUGCAGAGGAGGAUCCAUUUACAGCCAAAAUGAGCUUUGAGCAAGGGGGCUCCACCUUUGUCCCAGUCAAGGUGAGUCGCUCGGUGCUGCGCUCCAUGAGCAGACGGGACGUCCUGAUCAAACGCUGGCCCAGGCCACUCAAAUGGGAAUACUUCCGCUCCCUGCUGCCGGAUGUCAGCAUCACCAUGUGCCCCAGCUGCUUCAAGAUGUUUCAUAGUGAGGACUAUGAGCUCCUGGUGCUGCAGCACAACUGCUGUCCUUACUGCCGCAGACCCAUCGAUGAACCAAACUAA